AUCAGCUUCUUGGUGUGUUAAACAGUGACACAUCUGAAACAUUCUGGGAAGCAGUUCUCGAGGACUGGAGUUAAAAAACACUGCUGUAGAGGAUAAAGCAGUUUGGACAGAUGGAUGAUUUGAAGGAGAAAGCAAAUGCAGUUUCAUAUUAUGAACAAGUUUUUAUUCUCCUCCCUUAAUGAGACCACAAGAAUCUUAUGACAUGAUAGUUUUUUAAAAGUUACAUUAUGAGAUUCUGUAGUUUAAAUUGCACAGCCACUCAUGUACAGUUGCCACAGAAGGCGCUGUUGUGCUUAUGUUGUGAACACGCCAGAGUUGUUUAUGUGCCACGUAGAUUCAUUUUCACGAAUCGAUUCCUUCGAACAGUUCGGUUCAAAGCUAAUACUAAUGUUAGGCUACUGUAUGGUUUAACGGACUGAUUCGUGAUGAACGAAUCAUUUAGAUCGUUUUUAACCGGUUCAACUGAUUCUUUUUCGGUUCAAAGCUAAUACUAAAGUGAUAUAGGCUACUGUAUGGUUUAACGGACUGAUUCGUGAACAAAUCAUUUAGACCGUUUUUAACCGGUUCGACUGAUUCAUUGAAAAGAUCCGACCGUUCAUGAAUCGGACGUCGCUAAUGUCGCCUUCCAUCACUACCGUACCUUGAACCCGAUUGAAUUUCCUGCUUUGCAGUGUUCUCUGGCCUACCCAGCAUGUUGCAGCGGCCGUACAGCCUCGAUGUGUCAGCGCAGCUCCUGCGGACUGAAGGCUUCAUAGAUGGGCGCUGGGUGUCCGCUGCAUCCACAUUCCCCGUGUUAGAUCCAGCCACUGGAGAAGAAAUCGCGAAGGUGUCAGACUGCGGUACAAAGGAAGCUCAAGACGCUGUCAAUGCUGCAUACAAAGCGUUUCACCUGUGGAAGAGUCAUACAGCCAAGGAAAGAAGCAUUUUGUUGCGGAAAUGGUUUGAUCUCAUUAUUCAGAACAGGGAAGAUCUUGCCAAGUUGAUCACAGCAGAGUGUGGGAAGCCCAUGAAGGAGUCUAUUGGAGAGAUUACAUAUUCUGCCUCCUUUCUGGAGUGGUUCUCUGAAGAGGCCAGGCGUGUAUAUGGAGAUAUUGUUGCACCUUCAGCCAAGGACCGCAAGAUCCUGUUACUCAAGCAGCCUGUGGGAGUGGCUUCCAUCAUUACACCUUGGAAUUUUCCUAGUGCCAUGAUAACCAGGAAGGUGGGAGCAGCGCUUGCAGUGGGCUGCACUGUAGUGGUGAAGCCGGCUGAGGACACUCCUCUCUCUGCUCUGGCCCUUGCUGAGCUGUCAGUUCAGGCUGGCAUUCCUCCAGGGGUGUUUAAUGUGGUGCCCUGCUCAAGAGAAAAGACCCCUGCUGUGGGAGAGCUGCUCUGCACAGACCCUCUAGUGGCCAAAAUCUCAUUUACCGGCUCCACUGCCACUGGCAAGAUACUGCUAAGAUAUGCUGCAGGAACGGUCAAAAAGGUGUCCAUGGAGUUAGGAGGACACGCCCCCUUUAUUGUAUUUGACAGCGCUGAUGUUGAUAAAGCCGUUGCCGGAGCGAUGGCUUCCAAAUUUAGGAACUCAGGCCAGACCUGUGUGUGCUCCAACCGCUUUUUGGUGCAGAGUGGGAUCCACGAUGCUUUCAUGGAAAAGCUGGCGAAGGCUAUGGAUGCUGAGCUGAAGCUUGGCCACGGCUCGGAGCCCACCACUACACAGGGGCCGCUCAUCAACACCCGCGCUGCAGAGAAGGUGGAGGGUCAGGUCACAGAUGCUGUGGCACAGGGAGCAGUUAUAGUUCGAGGUGGGAAGAGGCUGGAGGGCUCCUUCAUGCAGCCCACCCUGCUGUCUAAUGUCACCACUGACAUGCUCUGUAUGAGAGAGGAGACCUUUGGACCCCUUAUUCCUGUUGUUAAGUUCAACACAGAACAGGAGGCACUUGCUAUUGCCAAUGCUUCUCCUGUUGGUUUAGCAGGUUACUUUUACUCCAGAGACAUCAGUCAGAUCUGGCGAGUGGCUGAGCAGAUGGAGGUGGGCAUGGUCGGGGUCAAUGAAGGUCUGAUCUCCGCCACAGAAGCCUCUUUUGGUGGAGUCAAACAGUCUGGACUGGGCAGAGAAGGAUCCAAAUAUGGCAUUGAUGAGUAUCUGGAAAUAAAGUACAUGUGUUUGGGGGGACUUUCUCCUUAAAGACAAUGGUUUUUAGUGGUUAGAGCAAAAAAUACAAGGCAGUAUGCCAUUAUUCAAGCAAGACCAUCAUAAAAACAUUAAUCCACAAAACACUGUGAACCAUUCUCUCUUUUAAUCAGACGUAACUGAAUAGUGACUGUACGAAUUGAUGUUGUUUUCAAAGAACACAGAGACUUUUUGAUGACAGUAUUUUAGAUAUUUUCUGUAAAAAGGGGUGGUACAAAUGGUCCUCUUUCAGAUUCUGUCCAUCAUAACUGAUUGAAGUACCCUAGUUGCUCUGAAACAAGAUUGACUUGCACUGCAAAAAAACAUUUUCUUUAUUUUUAUUAUGUAAAAAUAGCUAAACAUCUUUAAAACAAGAUAAACCUAUUUUUGUGUAAAUGUUUAAGAUUUCUUAGAGAAUAUAUCUUGAAUAUCUAAUUUUUUUUUUUUUUAAUUCUUUAUCCCAUUUCAUUUUAGAUGAAAAACACACACACACACACAUAUAUAUUUUAUAUAUAUAUAUAUAUAUAUAUAUAUAAAAAAUUAUUUUAUUUUUUUUGCAGUGUAACUGAUUCAUGUAGGCACAAAGAAAUGAGCGCACCCACUUUAUGAUUAAGGAUGUACAAAUGUAGGGAUUGGGGGUUGAUCCAGUGGGAAAUAAAAGCACAACCUUUCUAAAAAAAAAAACGCUAUUCCAGUAAAUGUGUAAAUGUUUAACUUACUAAGUGUUCUAUUUUUGUAAUUCUAGAAAUGGAUUAAGAUGAAACAGAGACUAUAAUGAAGGUUGUUUGUCUCUCUUUUGUAUGUCGCUUUGGAUAAAAGCAUCUGCAAAAUAUAUAAAAUGAUAUAUCUAAAGGAUAUAUCUAAAUAUAUCUAAAUGAUGGGAUAUAUUUGGGUGCUUAAACUGUUCUGAGUUGAGGUAUUAAAGCAUAGAGAUUUGUCUAGAAAGUUAACAAAUUUGUCGUGGCCAAAUGUUGUAAGUGCCAAUGUAUUUUUUUUUUUUAAUUGUUGUAAAUAUUAAUCUCAAUUGAUGUACCCAAUUGUAUUGUAAAUUGUGUUUAGAAGUAUAUUCAUUUUUUACUUAGGAUUGAAAUGUUUGCUGAUAAUCACGUGAAGCUGACUAAGUAAAGUUGAAAGUCUCAGUAAAGAAACUUCAGCUCUGAACAUUUCAACUUCUGUUUAGUUGCACCAUUUCAACACUGAUUCAUUACAUUUCCGACACUGCUACUAUAUAUAUUGAACUCGUAUUUUGGUUAUAAAACAGUCUUAACCUCUG